AUGGCUGAUACGUUUAGUGCCGAUCCACUGGUCAAAAUUCCAAUUCUGCUCUCCCCCGGAGAGCUUGUGAUCCCAACAGUUCGGGUGGUGCUGUGUGGCCCAUUUGGCAACGAGGAUUUGACCACCUUCGCACCAGACUGCCUUAGCUAUGCUGAUUUGCCAUGUGCUUGCGAGCAUGUGCUCCUGAGUCCGGCACAAGGCUUUUGGCCAUCCUAUGACCAUCUUUGGCACAAGCCAUCGAUCGAACGAUUUUUGAGCUUGCAACACUUGCACUUCCGAUCUCCAACUGAGAUACACUUCACAGGUACUCACUUUUGGCAUUCAUCCAGUUUUGGAAACCUCAAGAAUGCGCUUGACACACCCUACUUUAUUGCUUUGGCCUAUGGAGAGCAUUUUCCAGAGGCUUGCAUGAAGGAGCCAGAAUGUAGGCUCACUCAGGGUUUGUCGAGUAUGCUCAAUUGGCUCGUUACGUUGAAGCAGCUGAAAGCUUUCCCCGAAGGGAAUCAGGUGGCCGCUUACAUCCCCUACUUGGAGGACCUCUCGCACAUACGCUAUGUUGAAGCCUGGCGCAGCACUCCCUGGUUCGUUUUGCUGGAGAAACCGCACUGGUCUGAAGCUUUUCUCUACUUAGUGCAGGAGCUGGAGGAUGUCUUAGAUGCGGAUAUGGGUUUUCCUCUAUCCGAUAACGCUGAGGACAAGUUCCAGCGUUCUGUGCAACGAAUGGGCUCUGACGCUUCCGAUGGCCUCCCUUCCAUGAUUGGAAUGUAUUUUUGUGUUGGAGAUGAUGUGCUAAGUGCUAGGUGGCCAUCUGAGGCCAUCUGCCACCGGCAGAGGAGGUGUUUCUUCCAAGGUGCACGGGAACUCAUAUUUUUUAAGGAACUUUUUUCGCGUCCUUUUUGGGAUUUUUUUCACCGUUAG